UCUGCCGUCAUUUUGCCCUACGAUUCGCUACGGGUCACGACUCGCCUCCCUUCCGCUUCUAUUUGUGGUUCUCUAGACGAAACUAUACGAACCCCUCAUCGUCUCUGCCGCGACAAAAGGCAAUCAUUCGCAUGAACUGCAAGAUGCGUAGUCCUUGUGACUCGGACUUUAAGGGAGCAUUACGAACAGUGUAUGCAGCUUGUCCGGAGUUUGAGAACAUCUGGCCUCAUUCAUACUCUUGUAGCCGCCGACAUGCUAUUUCGAUAAAGAUUCAUCAAGGCUCAUUUCAAUGCAAUCUCCGAACCGCGUCUACAGCAAGUCACGAUGUGCGUUGAACAAGCCCAGCAGGACAAUGCGCUCAUUUCAACUCACAAUCAUGGUACUAUUCUGGUAAUGGUAGCUUGGUUUCUUGCUUGCCUAUUGGCUAUAUGCACUGUAGCAAGAGUUGUCGCUCGAUACAGGUCUAAACAUCUUCGCCACCUCUCGUCGACAGAUGACGUGAUUAUCGUUACCGCGUCGGUCUUUGCCCUUGGAAGUACCGUGAUAAUAUCCACGGCUGUUGAUUCGGGCUUAGGGAAGAAAAAGUGUCUUUUGAGCGAUGACGACCUGGAGCAUAUCCAACUCAAGCUCUUUGUCACGACGAUACUCUUCGUUUUGACAAUAAGCAUAACCAAAAGCUCGGUCCUGCUGUUCCUCUAUCAUUUGGCCGAUAGCACACUACGCAGGGCAAGCGUCCUCCUUGUCAGUACACUGGUCCUGAUAUGGACCAUUGCAGUUUUGGCAGGCAUGGUCUUCCAGUGUGAGCUGCCGACGCCGUGGCUGGUCUGGACGGGGAAAUGUAUCCCAUUGGUACCUUUCUGGAUGAUCGCCACUGUCAGCGAUACUGUUCUAGAAACAGCUGUGAUCGCGCUAUCCGUACAUCACAUAUGGACACUGCGCGAGUCUUAUCGUCAAAAGACCUUAGCGACACUCCUCUUGUCCAUGCGCUUCAUCCUAGUUGCUGCAUCCAUCAUUCGUCUAAUCUACCUUCAACAAGCAUACGGUCGCAAUGGAGACCUCGCCUUUGACUCCUUACCCUACGCUGUCGUCACACAAGGCCAGACCACACUGGCCGUCCUCAUCAUUUGCAGUCUCUGCCUCAAGCCCUACUCUCGCUUCCAAGCAUCCCCAUCGCAGUCUCCAAAUCGCAAACCAGCACACUCGAAACAGUGGUCUGGUAGCAUCACGGUUGGCGGCACGCCCUACGAAUCCUACAACUCUUUCCCACCGCCAAUCACACGAGAGCCUCUGUUGUCUAUACAAGCCAGUAUGUCAACACCAAACUCGCCGGCAGGAUCCAGGCACUCGCUGAACGAAGAGAUAUUGCUGCCAGAUACACCGGUACCGCCGCGGUCUGCUAAAAGGCCUCCUCGGCCGCCUCCUCGGCCGCCUCCUCCAAGUGAGGAGCAAAGACCGGAUCUUAGUAUGUUUACUAGAAGUCCUACUACACAGCAGUCACUAGUAGUGACAAAACUUACUCCUUGUCGAGAAAGAGAAAGGGGCAUGGACCUGAAGUCGAGGGGCUUGUUAAUUCAGUAAGACGUAUGUACGUAGGUUCCUUUACAAAAGAUACAAGGUAAACUGCUGGGUGGUUGCGACAAGUAGCUACAAUGAAUAACGCAUUAGCCGAUGCACCGUCAA